ACUGCGAAAUUCCCAUCAGAAAGGCCAGUUGUGAGGAGCUGUGUAGCCUGAUGGUCAAACACCCUGCAGCUGUGGCCAAAAGAGAGGCGAUGGAUUAUGUUGCACUCAGUCUGACUUCCUUGACAAGGGAAGAGCAAGCGCACGCAAUCAAAUGCUUCAGUGUUGUGGUGAAACAAUUGGGUGACGUUCACAGCAGCCAUGUAAAGCGAUUCAUGAAGGAGAAUGGUGACAUUUUCAACCUAAAUCUUGCAAAUCCAUGCAGGGAGUUUGGUCCCUCUUACGAGAUCUUGGAGACUAGUCGCCGACGGGGUUGGCUAAACCAAAAAGCAAAUGAGUUGUUUGAAUUGGUCAUGUACAAGCACUUAAGUCGCUCUACUGACAAAGAGCUGCGCAAGUAUGCUGCAGAUUUCCAUGUCAAGAGGUAUGCUGGCCAAAAUGUUCUUCUAUCACUCUCUCAGCUUCUGUGCCAGAAUAAUGAGAACGUCGAGGAUAUGUGGAAGCCAAUUGGAGCAUUGAUUGGCAAGGUUAACUCAGAUGAUCUUGAUGAAGCCUUUCAUGCUUUGACGCAUGAUGAGGAUCUCUCUAAUAAACACUGUUUUUACUUGACUGAAGUUCUCAAACACUUUGGAGAGAUUGUUCAGAAGAAGGAGCUCAGCGAGUUGGAAAACAAGUUCAAAGUUCUGCUGGUCAAUAAUUUUGAUCAGCUGACCCAGCGUUUCAAGGAGAACCUUAAAGAGUUGGAGUCUCUGAAGAAUUUCUUUCAGUUCAUCCCCAGCAAGAAAUACGCCAAGGAGAAGGCCAACCUGGAGGAGUUCAUCAAGAAUCAGACCAGACAACAAAGUUCAGAUCUGGACAGUAUUCCAAAGAAGAAGUUGAAGCGAGUUGAUCUCCCAGAAGUUGAGGAGUACCUUGCGCAGUGGAAAAAAAACCUGCCUUCCAUUAUUUCUGGUACUGUGACCGACAAGAAAGCAUUGGAGGCCCUGGAACAGGCUAAAUUCUGCCUUGAAAAUAUGGAAGAUGGCACUGAAGAAUUGGCUCUGAGUUGCAAGGGCAUUGUGAAAACUCUGGCCAGAUAUGUCACAUCGGAAGACGCUGAUGAAUUUGAACUGCUCAUCUUGGAAGCUCUCACUGUUGAAAAUUUAGCUUGCCAUGUGUUGUUGAAUGAAGAUGAGGAGAUGGAACAGCAAUCUGAUGAUGUCCUCCCCUCCAUCAAAUCAUUUACCAUUGGUGUUCAACGGCUCCUUCUGACUGGAUUGGGCCCUAAAGUGGGCAUUACUGCGUUGCAGUUUCUCUUUGAAAUUCUCCUUCGCAGUCCUGAAGUUGUCGAAGUAGAUGAAGACUUGCUGGUAAUCAACUUGCAAGAGCUGAUUUUGAGGCCCACUGGUGAAGCGAAAAUUGCUGUGGGAUUGAGAAUUAAUGGCUUGAAAGUAAUUUGCCACGUACGCUCCAUUAACGUAUUCAAGAAGGUGUCCGCAGAGCUGUUCCUCGCAGUUGGAGAUGGCAGUUGCACGUCUAUUCAAAAGGUUGUCUGCAGGCCCUUCUUGCAGCUGUUCGCUGAGGCAACCAAAAGCAUCGUUAAGGCUACCAAGGCUAAAGACAAGAUACGUUAUGCAGAAAUGCCUUGGCAUGUCAUGAUAGGCUAUACAACAGACGCCAUCGAAAGAGCUGACAAGUCUGCAUUGGAUGCGAUCAUUCUUCGCAUACAGGUGCUAUAUAAUUUCCUAUUUAAUUGUGCAUUAUUUGCGCAUGAAUCUUUCUACCAGCGCUCAGUAGAGCAUAUCGUGAAGGAGUUGGGCAAGAACCGUUCUGAUAAAUUCAAGAAGGUCACUUUCACGAUGCUUGAAUCGCUGUGGUUGAAAGCGAACUAUGGUCAGAAGAAUGAAGAAAUUCUACUUGCUGCAUUUGGAGCUCCGUUGGUUGGUGCCUUAACCCUGAAAGACAGAAAGCAAAUGCUGAAAAAAUUCCCGAUCUCACGUUGUGAGAAAAUUGGGAGUAAGUACUUUGGAAUUUACCACACUGCUCUAACUGAAGGAACCCAAGAUGCGCCUGUCAAUGACUCUUCUCACUCUCCUGAUGUUCCAAUGCGAGACAGCGAAGAUGGUGUUUAAAAGGAGCAUUGAUUUUAAGAGCUAAGCUGCGCUUCUGAAGUGGUCAAUGAUUUCCCCAUGAAUCGGCCACUACCAAACUUCUGAGGAGUUGAUACAUUAUUGAAUUAUUUUUUAAAAAUCAAAUCAUAAAGGAAACAACUGUUUCGGCUAUCAAAGCCUCGUCAGCAGUACUUUGUCAUCUAAUAAAUAUUUAAUUUUGGAAUAGAUGUAAAAGUUACAUACCCCCCUCUACAGCAAAAAAAAAUCCAUUCGAAAGUUGUGAUAAAUUAAAUUUUGAAUUCACAUGAAAAACAAGCUAAAUUUUCAAUUUAAGAGAAGGAAAUAAUGAAAUAAACUAUAUUGAAUCCUUUUGUACUGGACAGCCAUUUCCUAAAAAACUGCCAUUAAAGCCCGAAACUAAUGGUCGAAGUAUUUGCAAAAGCGAGCAGCUAAUGCAAACACAAAAAACCUUAAAUCUCGUCUUUAAUCUAUGUCUACUUGUGAAAUUAAUACUAUGUAUAAUACUAACGCAUGCAAAAUCACACUAGAUUCAAGUUAAUCCUAAAAUAUGUACAAAUAUUUACAUGUGGAAGUUCCUCUUCGAGUCUCCACAUCAAGCCGGCCACGGGGGACAGCAGUCGCAGGGUUCCAUUCGAACUGAGUUGCCAAAAUACCUGGACCUUCUCGAAUAACAGAGCGGGAAACUGCAUGGACAACCAGCCAGGACGCCUUCGUGAAUGCUGCGCAGGUGGUCCUCGUCAAGGAUGCCUUUAAGCUUGGAUUCUACGGCAGAAAACUGGUUAGGGUGAAUUGAAACAAAUCUAACUUUUUUUAACAGCCGGUGGAAAAAUGUUGGUGCCGGUAUGCUUGUUCCGGAAGCUUGCAAAACGUGCCAUCCCCAGGAUAGAGCGGCGUCCAGCAGGUGUAGUUCAGUGAGGUCGGCAGGGAACUUGUCUAAGCUGAGCACUGCCUCCACACUCUGGACGUGGGAGAGCCUCCACGCUGCUGACUCGAAGACGGACACCGGGUCCUCCGCCACCUGCUUGAGAAGCCGGUGAGACAGGUAUGGGUACAGGUCCUUUUUACGAGUUUGCUCCAGGAGGUCGUACAAAAAGAAGGCGUCGAGAGCGCUGUCACACAAGAGGUCCUGCUGCACCUCCUGGCACAAGCAAUCUGCUUGCCAAAGCAGACCGUACCUAAAAAUGACAGAUUUGAGAGAAGAAUCAACUUGAGGCAACUUAUUCGAGUGGAGUAGGCUGAGGGCCGCAUUCAUGGCGUCGACGUCCGGACGACAGAGGGCCUGCAGCUCGAGGAACGAGUCCUGACAGAAGGAAGCGGCCAGUCCUGGGCUGUUGGACUUCAAAACCUCGCUGUGCACCUUGAAGAUGGCGGCUAGCGGUCCGUCAAGAAGCCGAACGAAGAUUGUGGCGUUGGGCUUGUCUUCUCGUUUACCAACAUUGAGAGCUUGACUUUCCUCGGCUUCCCGCCUUACGUUAUGUUCCGCUUUAUCUACACCUUCGGAGCUAAACUAAACGCAUUGAACAUCCAACACGAUGACCGCAUGAUUGAACCGUUCCUGAAUUUAAAUCGGAUGUCCACUGCUUGCGCUUUGCUUUGAGAGACUACGAUUGUGGCUAGUCGUCAGCGACCCAGAGCCAAUCACUUUUUACGCUCGUCUCAGCGUGUGGAAUUGAAUUUUACGUUUAUUUUUUACUUCAGCAGUGGCAGAGGGCUGAUGAAAUCAAUGGCGAUUCAUCUGAAGAAGAAAGUGUUGAGGCAAAGCAGGGUAGCCAGAAGUAGAGUUAGAGUGGAGGUUCCAGCAGUGGUGCGCCGGUUGCCUUGCAUCAACGAAACCAAUCUAAUGGAAACGCCAGAGUCCCUCAUCACCACUUUCCUCAUCAGCCAAACUUAUGCCUCCGCCAGAUCUUCAGUCAGAAGAUGUAUCCUUCCGUCACGAGAAAUUUCGCCUCCCCCUUGGCCAAACCCAACAUGUUUGGAGAACCUGCUGAGCAGUCUGAAGUUGCUUCCAUGAAAGAUAGAGAGCUGAAGCCUACGCUCUUUUUGAAGGAACAUCGAGAGAGGAAGAGGUGAAUUUUGAGGCCAAGCUUGCAGCCAAAGAAAUUAAGUUCACAAUUGUGAAGAAAAGAGUGCCCUCCGGUAUAACAAUAAGAAGAAGACUGUUAGCAGGAACCCAACAAGAACCAAUACUGGAUUCACGCGACCUGCCAUCCUUAAAGAACUGAAGAAAGAUCAGUAUAGGUGCAUAAACGCCUGCCCGAAAAGCUGGAAAAAUGCUUUAAGAGUGGUCUUUUUAGAGUUAGGAAUGACUUUCUCGGGACUCUCUCGAUGAACAUCAACAUUGUGUCGAGAAAGAAGAAGGUGAAUGAAGCAAACGUAAGGAAGGUCAUGAGGGCCUGCCAUACAGCAGGCGUGGCCAAGAAUUUUAACAAGUUUGCCAGGUUAAUUUGUACGUGAGUACCUCCGUACCUAGGAUUAUUUUUUAUUUGUCAAUAAAUUUUGUUACUUUAUCAAUGUCA